GACUAUGGAAGUGUUCAGCUUGCCAUCCUGCGCGCGAAAGUAUUUUACUCUUUGCAUCGGCGUCUAUAGUCUUCGCUCCUGAGCUAAUCACUUGCUUCUGUUGGCGGUAUAAGUUGCAAUCUUUAGCAAGCUGCAUCUGCAGCUGGGUUACCAUCUCCAGCUGCUUGCGACCGGCAAUUGACAGGACCCACAAACCGCAGCUGAGCCACUCGCGGUAUUCGGGUCGUAUAUAUCACCUGGCCUCAGUAACAAGUUGGUAGAGGCGGAGACACUUGCAACGAUAUGGAUGCUGCCACGUUCGCUCUUCGUUUUGCUGACCGCGUCUUCGUGUCUUAGAUAUAGAUACGCGGUGGCUCUGUGGCUCGCGUCACGACAUCGUAGCAGCCCGGUGGCACUGCCAUGUUCUACGCAGCACAGCUAGUGUCGCGAGAUGGGCCACUCCAGGUGCUGUGGGUGGCCGCCACGCUGGACCGGCAGCUGAACCGGCAGUUGGUGGACGGCACCGCCAUUGCCAAGGUGGUGGACGUCUACCUUAAACCUGAGUCUAAAAUUGGAGUCUUCUCGGCAGGGCCGGCCGCGCAGGCAGCUGGGCAACACAGGAAGCACAAAGUUGCUCGCGGCCAGCCCCAACUCGCUAGCGAUGACGGUGGUGGCGACGCCGCUCCGCUGGCUCUGCGGCUGAGCGGGCAGCUGCUGCUGGGCGUGUGCCGCAUCUACUCGCGCAAGGUGGUGUACCUGCUGCAGGACUGCGAGCGGGCACUGUUGUUCCUGCACAACAUCUGCCCCGACGAGGUGCCGCUGGCGUUCGGCGGGGCGCACGCGGAUGAGGCGGGCUGGGCCGAGGGUGUGGGCGGGGCGGGCUCGGAGGACCACGACGUGGCCGAAGGCGAAGGCCGGAAACCAAAGUCAAGAAAGCGUGCAACGGCUACCAGAAUGGCGGCGGCGGGUGGCGGCGGCGGCAUGACGGCUGACGGGCUGGCGCCCCUGGUGCUGCCGUACGAUGAGGACGAGAUCCUUCUGGCGGGCUCCAGCCAAUCUCGCCGUGCCAGCGAGGCGCAGGGUAACAGUGCUGUGGAGGAGGGAGCAGGCGGCGGCGCGGGCCUGCUGCUGGGGCGGCUAGGCAGCGGUUUCGGCUCGGGAGCGCUGGAUGACCAGCUGGGCACGCCCGGAGCCAGCAGCCUGGGCGCCUGGGCCACGCCGGGGACCGCCGGCGGUGGCCGGGGCACUGACACCGGCCUGGGCAUGGGGGCGCCGGGCGCUGAGCAUGACUACUUCGACGACGCGGUGCCGGAGCACUUCGAGUUCGACCUGGAUGAAGAAGAGCUGGAGGGACUGAGGCUGGCUAGCCAAGCCGGCAUGGCGGCACAACAACACCCGGGAAAAGACAAGGAGCAGCAUGCGGAGGAGCUACAGGAGGAUGCAGUGCAGACUCCUCGGCGGCUGGCUCAGGAAUGGUCGCACGCAGACCCACAGGCUGCAGCGGCGGCGGCGCCUGGGGUAGACAGCACACUCACCGAGCGUCGGCAGGUGCUUUCGCCGUAUGGCGAGAUAGACAAUGAGGUAGAGCAGGUGGAGGAGGAGGAGGAGGAGGAGGAGGAGGAGGAGGAGGAGGACGAGGACGAGGAGGACGAGGAGGAGGAGGAAGAGGAAGCGGAAGAGGAGGAAGAGCAAGACCAUGGCCUGGGCGAGGCCCCUGCGGCGGCACCACCUGGAGGACGCAAGGGCCGGUUGGCAGAUGAAGAAGCCGCCGCAACUGCGGCAGCGGAUACACAGGACGCGGAGGCGGCCGAGUUUGGCGGCUGGGGGCAGCCCGACCCAGACGCAGGCGGUGCCGCAGCGCUCAGCCUCGGAACCGGCAGCGGCUUGGAGAGCACCGAUCUGCGGGCGGCUCUGACGCCUGGCGGCACCGAGGGGGCAGCUGCCGGCGCUGCGGCAACUGGCUCCGCAGCUGACACCGCGGGUGCAUCGGGUGGCGGACCGCAGCACACGGUGCCGCAGGCCACGGAUACGCCCGCGACACGCCGAAGCAGCCGCAAGGUGGUGCUGAGUCCAGGAUCAGCUGAGGCGGAACCCGCCUCCGCAGGAGCCAGCCCGAGGCCGCGGCCCCGCUUGCCCCGCUCAGUGCCUUCGCCGCGCGCAAGCGUUACCCUGGACGUCACCGAACAGAGGAGCACCAAGGGCGACACCGCGCGGGCCGCCACUACCCUGCCCACUGCAGUGGUGCGCAACCUGCUGCAGGACCGCUUGGGCCUCAUCGACCACGCUCGGCGAAACGCCGCCCGGCGGCGGGCAACGUUUGUAGGGGCGUCUGCUGGGGGCGUGCACGCCAGCGACGUGACUGAGCCUUCUGGCCACAGCGCAGCGGGGCCCUGGCUGGCGGUGUGGGGUCGAGCGGCUGGGGUGGAAACGGUUGUUGGACUUAAAGGUGCAUGCAGAGGUGGCAGUGGCUUCGCACGAGCGUCCAAGGGCAGCGUGAGGGCAGGUCCAGGUGCCCCUGCGCUGGCUGAGGGCGCCAGGAGCGCCGCCGGUAGUUCCAACAGUAGUGCCGGCCACAGUCAGCUAGACCUUGCCGCUGGCCCCGUCACGAUGCCGCUGGCCGCCUUGGCGCCGCCGCUGCAGCAGCUUUUCCAUCUGCUGGUGCAUGGCGGCGAGGAGCAGGCAGCGGCUGAAGGCAAGGCCGGCGGGGCCAGCAGCGCAAGCGGAGCGCCGCCUGCAAAGCGAGCCAGAAAGUCUCAAGCAGUGGCAGCGCCAGAGCAGCAGACGCAGCAGCUCCUGGACGCGGUGGGCGCAGGAAACGCGGGUGGCGGGGCCGCUGCCGCCACAACCAGCGGAAGCGCCGGGGCCCCAGCGAAGCCCGCCGGCGAUGUCGCCCAUUAUGAGGAGGAUGAGGACAUGCCGCCCCUGGACCUGGACAUGGGCUUGGAGUUCGGGCACCAUGCCGCCGGUGGUGGAGAUGCGGCGGACCAGGAAGCCCAACAGCCAGAGACUGGGUUUGCUGCUGGGGUAGGCCAGGACGAGGACCAGCGGCUGCGGCAGGAGCAGGAGGGGGCGGGGGCGGAGGAGGAGGAGGGAGAGGAGGAGCUUGAUGUCGAAAGCGACGAUGGCGCCGGUGGACAGCAGGCUGGCCACACCCGCAAGGUGGCCUCUGACGGCUUCACGGCGCGCACCCGGGCCGUACUGCGGCGGCUGCAGGCCCUGGCCGCAGGCGCUCGCCGUACCGUCAACAAGCCAGGCCAGUCCAUGAAGCGCCCGCGGGCAAGCCAAGCAACUGACGGCCUGCUGCAGGUGACUACUGCAACGGAGCUGCUGCAGCUGGUGGCGGACGGAGCCGAACCCCCGGCAGCUGGCGCCCCGGAUCACCGCGGCGGAGCAGUGGCAACUAUGGCCACCGCUGCAGCAGGCCGCAGCGGUAGUGGUGGCGGCGGCGGUGUGACCCGCAUGGCCGCCGCCCGCACGUUCUACGACCUACUGGUGCUCACCAACCGCGGAUACAUCUCGCUUGCGUGGGCGGGUGGGGCGUCAGCCGAUGUCACGGUGGACGCUCCGGGCGGACGGGGUAGGAGCCAACGCAGCGCUCCGACAGGCGCUGCAGAAGCAUCGAGCGCGGUGGCGCCUGACGGUGCGGGCAAUGGCGAGCUUGUAGUGAUAGCGCGGAGGCGCCUGGACGAGCAGGCCGCCGCAAAGACGGGCGCAGGCACGGGCCUGGCUGUCGGGCAGUCCGCAAUGAGCUAGACUGUGUAGCAAGGCGGCGCCGGUGCAUGCGUUGUGAAUCUUAUGGAUGGUGAUAGAUCAUUUGUGAGAGGGGGGGUCAGUAUUCCCAGGAAGAAGCUAGAGAUGCCAGGGGGGGCUGUGUUUAGCGCGGAGUCCAUGCAAUGCGCGAGCAUACAGCAUGUUCGUGGCUGCGUACGGAAGCAUACCCUGUGUUGAUAGCACGUCGCAUCUAUGUCACCGUUGCCCUGGUGACGAAUUAUAAGAGCCUGCCCUGAGCGCAGGCGGAUGGAGGGGUGGACUGGAUAGUAUAUGCUGCCCAUGGCUUGCAAAAGCUCUCUAAGGGUGCCAAACCAAUUCGUGGUGCGGAGUUCAUCCAAUUGUCUUACACCGUUGCAGCAAGCAUACAUUACUGCCCACAGAAGCAAUGCGUGCUGGCACAUUACCCGCACAUGAAGGGCUGCGCGGUCACACCCAUCACCGUGGAGGUGCAGGUUCGGGAAGAACCGUGGGGCAUUGUCACACUGUUCUACUUCCUGGGUGACACCGGUCUGAUUACGGUAGUGUGCAUCAGGGGGGGGGUAGGAAACAAAAUGCCAGACCCCAUGACCCGAAAUCCCCCGGGACCCCCUUGAGGGGACGACCGACCCCCACACGGAUAACACCGUGCUGUUUAGGGGUUAACUAUCUCGGUCCCGGUGAUGCUGUUUUUGCCUUUGUAAUCAGCCAUGAUG